AUGAUCCUCUCGUGUGCACCCUUAAGUUUAUUCAUUGCAGCAACCUCAUCAAAAAAUCAAAUAGAUUAUUAUCCUGAAGGCUAUACAUAUUCACCAAUUUUAGUAACUAAUGAUCCUUAUAAUUAUAUUGCUGAUAAAGGAUUUGAUGUCCGAUUUAGAUUUAAUGGUGGAAAAACUACUCAAUAUAGUUUAGGCCAAUUUUAUAAAUUUAAAAAAGAUCUCAAUGCCAAAUUUGAACCAACUUCAGCAGCUGACGAGCAAAAAUAUAGUAUCACUCUCAAAAAUCCAUCAGCAACCGAUACACAAACUGGAGAAGUAACAUUUGCUUGGUCAUUUAAACUUAAUGGAAAGCCAAAAAAAAUGUUUUGUUAUGUUGGUGAAAACAGAAAGUAUUUGCAAUUCUAUGAUAUUGAUGAUCGAAGUGUACCAUUAUAUACAUUCAUCUUUGACGGAUCUGUAGAUGUUACACCUAUAGAACAAAUAUUUUUAGGAAAUAAUCCUCAAUUUUUUACAGAUAACUAUCCAGACGCUAACCAGGAUGCUUUUUCAUGCGCUUCUUUUACAUGGAAAAAAGACAUUCAACCUGGUCAAUCUGUAACAUUAUCUUUUAAGAUACGGGCCGGGAAAUAUGGAGAUGAGCCUAAAUCAAACUCUAAGCCACUCCUUACUAUAAUAACAGAACCUAAGAGUGUAUAUUAUACAAACGAAAGACCAGAAAUACAGCUCAAAUACGGUGAUCCAGAUAAAGGCAAUACUGUUACUCCUUAUUAUAUCAUUAGCAAUGAUGAAGGAAAGAAAUAUAACUUAAAUCCUUUUACAACCUCAGAACCGGGACAACAGACCGAUGGAAAGAUCGGACCGUUGACUUUCAUCAACCAAGGAGCUUAUUGGAUUGAAAUAUGGUGUUCUGAUGGAAAAGAUGAAUCUUCUCAUAAAAGAUAUGAAUUUACUGUAAAGAAAGCUACAGGACCUUAUGUUCAAUUUAAGGAAGUAAAUGGUCCCUUCCAUGCCGGAGAAAAAUACACAUUCACAGUUGAAAUAACAGACCCAAACGCAAAUGAAAAACUCACUCUUAAAGCUGGUCUUUGUUCUAACUUGGAACUAAUUGAAGAAAAUAUUCAGCAUAAUGGACAGAAGUUUGAGAAGAAUUUUCAGAUUACUAUUCCAGAAACGCAACCAAUUGGACCCGUUAAGGUUAAAGCUCUAGUUACUGAUGGAGUGUCAGAAUCAGAUCCUGUAGAAACUACAAUUGAUAUAUCAGGGAAGCAAAGACCCGAUGUUUUAAUUACAUCCACAUUGAAUAACUAUUAUUAUAUAUAUGAUAAGAUAGAUAUCACAGUCAAAUAUGGUGAUAAAGAUGUUAGUUCCAAAGUUUUUCUUCAUUAUCAAUUCAAUGGCCAAACGGUGAAUAAGGUUGAUAGUUUCACCACUACGGCAGACCAAAAAUCCAAACCUUACACCAUUUCGAAAUUGGUUCUUCCUGGCACACCAGGCACGUAUACUCUUGUUGUUUGGGCGUCAGAUUCUGAGGGAAACAACCCAUCAGAAGGCGAAACAAAAUCAAUUAAAGUCAUCAGCAAAAAUCCUCCUUCAAUUGAAUUUGUAACCGCACAAAAUACAAAAUUACAUGUAGGAACUCAUACAAUUCAGGCUAAAAUCACAGAAACAGAUGUUGGAGAAAAGUUCAAAAUUGAGUGGAAACUUGGGGAAAACGGACAAUAUAGUGUGCAUAGAGAUCAAAUUGAAUCCAAUGGUGAGCCGCAUACAUAUGAUAUUCAAGUAGAAAUUCCAGCAAGUACUCAAUUAGGCGAGAAUAAAUUAUAUGUCAAGGUUACAGAUGGCUUCAGUUCUAAUGAAGAGAUUCUUACGAUCAUUGUGAGUGGUGAAAAAGCACCGACUUGCAAUAUCCAGACAACACCAAAUGAUUUAUAUUUCCCAGAUAGUCCCAAGCAAUCAGUCCAAAUUUUAUAUGGAGAUCAAGACUUAAACUCUAAAGUAACCUUACAUUAUUCAUUUAAUGGAAAUUCAGGAGUAUUAGAUCAUUUUACAACAUCUGAUUCAAAGAAAUCGACUUUAUUUACCCAUAAUGAUAUUGAACUACCAAAAGAAGCAGGUGAUUAUGUUUACUAUGCAUGGUCUACAGAUAUUGAUGGAAUUUCUUCAACAAAUCAAACAAUAACAUUUAGAGUUAGUAACAGAGAGAAACCAAAAAUUGAAAUCCUUACUCCAAGAUAUACUGAAUAUUUUGUUGGUACAAGAACUAUUAAAUGCAAUAUACAAGGAUUCUACUCAGAUUCAUCAUUAACAAUACAAUCAAAAUUUGGCAAAAAUGGAAAAUAUAAGACUUUCAAAUCAAAUCUAGAUCAUGAAGGUCAAAUGAAAGAAUAUGAUGUACAAUUCACCAUUCCUGAAGGUACUGACUAUGGUUUGAACUAUGACGUAUAUGUAAAAGUAAAUGAUGGACAUACUGAAUCAAGUGCUUCCACAAGGAUUAAAGUUAUUGAAAAUACGGUUCCGGCUCUUUAUUAUGAACCCUAUGAUUACAGAAGUCUCUACUUCCCAGGAGAUUUAUUUGAUUCCAUAACAAUCACUUAUGGUGACGAUAAUCCAGGCGUAGAGCUUCAUCUCUAUCAAAUUUACCUUGGUGAUGAAAAAGAGAUUGAUCAUUUUACACCAACAAAAGAAAAUUCUGCAAAAUCAUUCCCUAUUCAAAGAUUCAAUGUUCCAAGAGAUCCGGGAGAUUAUGAUAUUGAAUAUUAUGUUAUUGAUUCAGAAGGUGUUAGAUCUUAUGAAGGUGAUUGUGUGAUAUCAUUUACUGUUGAGGAAGAUGCAAAACCAACAAUUGAAAUAGCAACACCCCAAGAUCAAAAAUAUGCAGCUGGAUCUAGAAGAAAUGAAAUUUAUAUUUAUGGUGAAGACGAAAAUAAAUAUGAAACACUUCACAUCUAUACAAAAAUUGGUGAAAAUGGAGAAUAUAAAGAGGUUAAAACAUUUGAUAAUCGCUAUCUUUCUGAUUAUGAAACAACUGUUUUAUUUGACGUUCCAUCUAAUUUAGAAAUUGGCUCAUCCUAUUUACUUUAUAUUAAAGUCUCUGAUGGAAAGAACAGUAAUGAGGCAACACUAAGAUUCAGUGUUAUUGGAGUUUACAACCCAACAUGUUCAAUUCUAACAGUAAUGGAAGAAAAAUAUCGCCCAACAAACGAGAAGUAUUCAUUGCAAAUCAAGUAUGGAGACAAAGAUUUUGGUAAACUAAUUCAUUUAUACUAUAGGUUCAAUGGAAAAGAAGAGGAAAUUAAUUCCUUCACUCCAACCUCAGACAAUCCAACAGCUACGUUCAAUCAUGAGGAAAUUUCUGUUCCAAAUGCUGAAGGUACAUAUAUUUAUGAAGCAUGGUCUGUUGACUAUGAAGGUAAUAAAUCUCCAGUGGCAAAAUUCACUUUUAACGUUAAACGUGACUUACCAGAUCUCAAAAUAAAUACUCCUUCUGGCCAAAAGCGUUAUCCUGGAACGUACAAACUUGAUAUAUCUGUAACCGAUUCCAAUACUGAUGGAUCAUUUACUAUUGGAACAAAAAUUGGUGACACUGGAGAUUAUUACAACUCUUUAUUAUAUCAACCGAUUACAGGAUCAAGUCAAGAUUUUCGGCCAGAUGUUGUCAUUGCAACAACUACUGAACCUGGAACAUACAAACUUUGGGUCAAAGUUAGUAAUUCAUUCAAUCAAGUUGAGAAGUAUAUUGAAGUAAUAGUGUUGAAGAAUACUGUUCCAGAAGUUACUCGUCAAACAUACUUGCGAGAUACAUAUGAAACAGAAGAAACUAUACCAGAAAUUGAAUUCACAUAUGGUGAUGACCAACCCGAUCAAACAAUCUCACUUUACUAUCAAUUACCUGGUCAAUUUGAAAUAAGAUUUGAUUUCUUUACUACAACAGAGGCGGUGAAACACAAAAAUGCAAAGCUUGAAAACUUUAAGUUGCCUGCAGAACCUGGCGAAUUUUACAUGGAGGUCUUUGCAAGGGACUCUUCACAUGCAAAAUCUCAAAUUAUCGAAAUUCGUUUCACAUUAUAUGUGGAAUAUAAGCCAGAAUUAACAAUUUUAACACUUCCAAAUCAAAAAUAUGCCCAAGGAACCACACAAAAUUUUGAUUUGAAGAUUAAAGAUAAGAAUACGCAUCAAGCUAUUAGAAUUAGAGCAAGACUCGGUGAUGAUGGAGAGUUCUUCCAUAACAGUAAUGCUCCAUUUGAACGAGAAGAAGAAUUCAAUCACGCUGCAGAGUUCAUAAUUCCUCGAAACACUAAGCCAGGACAAUAUAAUUUAUACUUCCAUAUUACAGAUGGAAAAGCUGAAGUUUCUGAACAUAUUCCGAUCAUUGUUACAGGAAAGAAGAAACCAACAUGCAAGAUCCAAACUACUCCAUUCCAAGUUUAUUAUCCUGAUAAGGCAACAACUACUGUUAAAAUCAGUUAUGGAGAUGAUGAUUUCGGGUCUACCGUUACUUUAUGGUACAAGUUCAAUAAUGUUGAGAAAGCAGUUAAUCAUUUCACAACAACAGACGAAAUUACUUCUGCAGAAGAAACAAUAAAUGAAAUUUCAAUUCCAACAGAUGAAGGAAAUUACAUAUUUGAAGCAUGGUCUAUGGAUAUUGAUGGAGACAAAUCAAUUGUUGAUGCAAUUGUUUUCCAUAUGAAGCAGAGAAUUCCACCAACACUUAAAUUUGAAACUGCUGCUCAAACAAAAUUCCUUGUUGGUAAAUCUCAUGGUAUCGAUAUCAAAUUCUCCGGUGCAACUGUUGAAGAUAAGUUAUCAAUUAAAUACAGACUCGGCGAAACAGGAGAUUACAUUGUAUUCAAGACAGGUAUCACACAUACUGGUGCUGAAAUUGAAGAAAAGAUACCUUUUGAUAUACCAAUUGAUUAUCAGGUUGGAGUUGUUCCGUUCUAUGUUGAAAUUAGUGAUGGUCACAAGGAAACAACGCUCUCCUUAAAUAUUGAAGUUAUUCCUCCACCAAGAACACCUGAAGAAACACCUAUAGAGACACCAAAAGAAACUCCACAAGAAAGCCCACAAGAAACACCUAAAGAAACUCUACUACCGAAUGAAGAAUUACAGGACGGUGAAGGUGAUGACCCAGCCAAGCAAAAAGGAGGAAACAAAGGCGCAGUAAUCGGAGGUGUAGUUGGUGUUAUAGUAGUUCUUUUGAUUGUCGCUAUCAUUAUUGCUGUUGUCAUUAUCAUUAAGAAGAAAGGCGAUAAUGAAGGUGCACAAGCAAAUGGCUCAGAUUUUGAAUUAGAUGAAACAGUUAUACACAGGGCUCCAGAACAAGAAACUGCAACAAAGGAUGAUCCUAUUGCUGGAACAGGAUUCGACGAAGAUCCAUUCCAUGAGUCAGAUGGUGGAAAAGAUGAUUCAUUUAACUACAAGAUUGAUGAUGACGAUGAUGAAUCACAGGUGUAA